GUCACGCCGCAGUUACCUGUGGCUACAGAGUCACAAAAAUGUCCAUUGAAGGAUAAAUAGUACACAUGGGCAGGCGUUUUAUCAAAAUAACAUUGGAGGAGAUUCAAGUUACUAAGGAGCUAUAAAUUACAUUCUAAUGAAUGCACCAAUUAAACUCGCAUGUCUGUUGGAAUUCAACUGAGAGCUCACUGGAUGAAAGUCUUUAAAUUACAGAUGAGAAGUGGUAAACAUUGAAAUCACAGGCUUUUUCUAUCGCCUAUGGAUCCUUGCUCCAUAAAUCCCAAUUCUGCCUGCAAGAACAGAUAAGAUUUGGAUCCAUAAAGUCUACAUGAAGAUGGCUGAAGUUACCUGGAAGGAGCUGAUACUAGUUUUUGGAGUUGUGGUAGUUUGCUAUUGGAACUGCUUGUUCUGUGGAUUUGUAUUUGAUGAUGUUUCAGCUAUUUUGGAUAACAAAGACCUUAGACCCUCAACACCUUUCAAGAAUCUAUUUUUCAAUGACUUUUGGGGUACUCCGAUGUCUGAGGAAAGGAGUCACAAGUCUUACCGACCUUUAACUGUCCUGACAUUUCGUAUAAACUAUAUGUUCAGCGAACUCUCUGCCAUGUCCUAUCAUCUCUUAAACUUAUUUCUUCAUGCUGUGGUUUGUUUAAUAUUCCUUCGUGUCUGUAAGCUGUUUUUGGAUAAAAAGUCAAGUUUAGUAGCUGCGUUGCUUUUUGCUGUUCAUCCAGUACAUACAGAAGCAGUUACUGGUGUUGUUGGUAGAGCUGAACUUUUAUCAUCAAUAUUUUUAUUAGCUGCAUUACUAGCAUAUACCAAAUCUAAAGGAUCUGACAAUACUAUUGUAUGGGGUCCCAUUGCACUGACAGUGAUUUUAGUUGCAAUAGCAACUUUAUGUAAAGAGCAGGGGAUAACUGUCAUUGGAAUAUGCUGUGUCUAUGAAGUAUUUAUAGCUCAAGGGUUUAAUUUGCAAGUCCUCUGGGGAGCAGUGUUACAGUUCAUCAGAGGAAAAGAUGGCCUUCCAUACCCUGUACUACAGAUGCUUCUGAAGCUAAUUUUUCUCACAUUCAGCACUUUAUUAUUAGUAAUCAUUCGAGUUCAAGUUAUUCAGUCACAGUUGCCAGUCUUUACUAGGUUUGAUAAUCCUGCUGCUGUUAGCCAGACCCCUGCAAGACAGCUAACCUUCAACUACCUUCUUCCUGUAAAUGCAUGGCUGCUUUUAAGUCCUUCUGACCUCUGUUGUGACUGGACAAUGGGAACUAUUCCCCUAGUGGAGUCUUUCCUUGAUAUAAGAAAUGUAGCCACUGUUGCAUUUUACGGUGUUUUAGGAAUAAUGGUUUAUAACAGCCUUAAAUAUUUUGGCCAUUCAUCAAAAUCUGUUAUAAUGGCAUUGUCUUUAUUAGUGUUGCCGUUUAUUCCUGCAUCAAACUUGUUCUUUCCAGUUGGGUUUGUGGUGGCAGAGAGAGUCCUCUAUGUUCCCAGUAUGGGUUAUUGUAUAUUAGUAGCACAUGGUUGGAAAAAGCUUGCAUACACCUGUAACUUGAAAAAAAUAAUGUGGAUUGGUAUAGCAGCUUUGAUUGCUACGCAUGCUGUCAAAACCAUGCACAGAAAUUGGGACUGGGAAUCUGAAUAUACAUUGUUUAUGUCUGCAUUAAAGGUUAAUAAAAAUAAUGCCAAGCUUUGGAACAAUGUGGGUCAUGCAUUGGAAAGUCAGAACAAUUACAAAACGGCUCUGAAGUUCUUUCUUCAAGCUACAAGAGUACAACCAGAUGAUAUUGGUGCUCAUAUGAAUGUGGGAAGAACAUACAAAAAUUUAAAUCAUACCAAAGAAGCUGAAGAUGCAUAUAUGGUCGCAAAAUCACUCAUGCCCCAGGUUAUUCCUGGGAAAAAGUAUGCCACUCGUGUUGCACCAAACCAUCUUAAUGUGUAUAUUAACCUUGCAAAUUUAAUUCGUGCAAAUGAAUCUCGUUUGGAAGAAGCUGACCAAUUGUAUAGGCAAGCUAUAAGCAUGAGACCAGACUUCAAGCAAGCAUACAUCAGUAGAGGGGAGUUGCUUUUGAAAAUGAAUAAGCCUAAUGAAGCUAGAGAUGCAUAUCUGAGAGCUUUAGAACUGGACAGCGCCAAUGCAGACCUAUGGUACAACUUGGCCAUUGUCAAUAUUGAAAUGAAGGAACCUUCAGAAGCUCUAAACAAUUUUAAUCAGGCAUUAGAGCUUAAUCCUAAACAUAAAUUGGCACUAUUCAACUCUGCUCUUUUAAUGCAGGAAUCUGGUGAUGAAAGACUGAGGCCUGAGGCUAAACGCAGAUUUUUACUCUAUGUUGAACAAGACCCAAAUGACGCCAAUGGUUACUUUAACCUUGGAAUGCUUGCCAUGGAUGAUAAUAACAAUGAUGAUGCAGAGAAAUGGAUGAAAAAAGCCAUACAAAUGCAACACGGAUUUAGGAGUGCACUCUUUAAUCUAGCCCUUCUCUAUUCCCAGAUGGGGAGAGAACUGGAUGCUUUACCUGUCCUUAAUGAGCUGCUGCAGUAUUAUCCUGAACAUGUUAAAGGACUCAUUCUAAAAGGUGACAUCCUAAUGAAUCAGAAAAAGGACACUAAGGGAGCAAAAGAAUGUUUUCAGAGGAUCCUUAAAAUAGACCCCAACAAUGUACAAGGAAAGCAUAAUUUAUGUGUAGUAUAUUUUGAAGAGCAGGAUCUUCUUGAAGCUGAGAAAUGCCUAGUGGAAACCUUAGCUUUAGCACCGCAUGAGGAGUACAUCCAUCGCCAUCUGAAUAUAGUUCGAGGGAAAAUUGCAGCAGGGCAGCAAGUAUCUCCAGCAGGUGGUGCUCAGAGUCCAUCGCUAGAAAAAAAAAAAACUCUGCAAGAAAAACCAAAAAAUGAUAAGAAUGCACAGAAGCCUUCCCCUGCCAGAAAGACAAGUGAGAACAAGGAGCAGUCAAAUCAAGCUUUGGAAAACAGCCAGGCUGACAAACGGACUAAAGCCAAAUCUGCAGAGGAGAUAAAAGAAAUUGAACAGAAAAGAGCUGCUGCUUUAAAAAGAUUAGAGGAGAUUGAACGAAUUUUAAGCGGUGAUUAAUUUUGUUUAUUUAGGUAUUUUAUUGGACACUGUUUUGCAGAUAGAGUUAAGUACAUUUUGUAUUUAUGAGGAAGGUCAUGUCAUUCACAAGUUUUUUUUUUUUUUUUUUUUCUCUUCUUCUUUUUUUUGGUCUCUGCAUGCUGCAUAAUACUCCUUAAUCAAAUCAAGAAAAUACUCCUACUGUUUAACUUUUCAUGCAAACAAAAGAAAGUAAUGUGUUCCCUUCAACUAUUUUUUAAGAACAGCAAAUCUUGUUAGUUUUUUUGUUUUCUUUUUAAAAGACAUUGGCUUGAUUAUGGGAAUGUGAAGCAACUGCAGAAAUACAAAUUGAUCCACAUUCAUCAUGUGUUCUGUUUUUGUGGCUUUAGUCAAACAAUGUUUCCAGUGCCAUUCAAAUUAUCCUAUGUGCUAUCACGAUGUUUCAAAAUAUUUGCAACAAAAAUUAAAUAUAUGAAAACAGAUAAUCAUUUUUUAAAUUUCUCUUUAAGUUGAUAUUUUUUAUAUUGUUAACUCAGAAUCAACUUUUGGAACACAUGCACAGAUGUUCACUCUGAGAUGGAGCAGAUCGAAACCACCCCCUUCUCUAGAAGAAGCAAAUAGACUUUUUAUUCUUAAUACAUUGCAGGUAGAUGAGUUACUGAAGUUUAUUGGCUAAACAUUUGACUAACUACUUUUGCAUCCAUGAAAGUGAAAUCGUGUUAUUGAAAAAGGUAUUUAGUUUUAUAUAUUUUAUUCUUAGCAAGAAGUUGGAGUCUCUAAUACUUUAUGAUGCAUAUUGUCUUAUACUAAUUCAUUUUAGUUUGAAAUCAUUACUGAUUAACACUUCAUACAGUUUUCAGUCCAAGCCAUAAUCCAAACACAUUAUCAUAAGUUAUAUAUUCUUUACAAACUAUGGUUUAUUUGAGUUAUAAAAAGAACAGAAUCCAUUUACUUUCUUUUUCUCUGUUCAUUCUGACAGGAACUGGUAAAUAUAUCAAAUAUUGCUUUUAGUUAAGCAUAUUUAGUAUUCCCUUCACCCCUUUUGCAUUUUGAAAACAAUGGCUUUUUGUUAUCCAUAAUCAAUGAAAUGUGCUAAAAAAUUAAAUGUUUUUGUAUUGCAAUUUUGAAAACAAGAAAGUUAGGUGACUUUUGUUAAUUUAUUAAAUUCAGUGACUCUUUAUUAUAUGAUUGAAGCAUAUACUGUAUGGUUAGGGAACCCAUAUAUGUGAUUUAAAGGUUACUCCAGAUUCUUCUCCACUGGCAGAAAUAUCAAAAAUCUUGAUCCUUUCAUUUUUCACUGCAUGUAGACCUUUUCUUAUUUCAAUUAUUUCCUAGUUUUAAAUUAGGAGAACAUUACCUUAAUUGAAGCAGUAUUCGAAAAAAUAAUCUGAAUAUGGUAAAUAUAUGGUUUAUACCGCAAUUUUCUGGGAUUUUGCAUGUUUUAUUUCAACAUUUAAUAAUCCAUUAUUUAUAAAGUAUAUGACUUUUUUUAAAUGUAUAGAAAAAAAGGGAGUAUAAAUGUGUAGAAAGCAACUUGGCUUAUGAAUAAACCUGCUGUGCUUCAGAUCAGUCAGGCCACAACUAUUCAUUUUGACAAUUUAUCCUGUGCUCAAAAAAGAAAGGAUACCUUAAAAAUAUUACAGCCGAACGUGAUUUUUUUUAAUGAACUGGACAAAAUGUGUUGCCUUUAUAAAUCAGCAAUCCACAGCACUUCAAAUAGAAAUGCUUUUUAUGAUUGAUAAUGUAGAAUAAUUUUUAUUAAUAUGGCAUAUCCAUGUACUUCAUUUUGGCAAACAUUAAGGUUAAGAGUUGGUGGGUUUGUUGAAUUCUUGUGCUUUCUGAAUGAAAUCAACUCUUCCGCUCUUUUGUGUAAAAUUUGGGUUUAUAGCAUCACUAAAUUAGCUGAAUGUGAGUAUUUUCUACUGUGGUCUGGUUACCCAUCCAAGCUUUGUUCCUGCCAUGGGCUUCUAAUGAUGUGGAAAUGAGUAAAAGAAUGGAACAAAGUUCACAGCAGCUGAUAUUAGGAUUAAUAUUGCUUCAUUCUUAAUUUUGUAAGACACUUCUGUGAAGUUUAAGGCACAUAGACAAUGUGUGGUGUAUUUGGUUGAUCAAUCAGGUACCACUCUCUUUUUUGCUUUGGUUGUUGGUGGGUAGUGCCAAUAUUAUUUUUACCAAGAAAGGAUCUUUUAUAUUGGAGCUUUGACUGAGAAUGCUAUCAAUUUGGCACUUUACAGAGCCAACCAGAUCACAGUCCUUAAAUAACAAGGGGUGCAAUACAUAGUUGUAAUAUAUAGCUAACACACAGGGAAGGAAGUGAAAAUGGUUUGGUGUUUAGUCACAAUAAAGAAAUCAAUUGAGGAUAAGACUAGUUAAACAGUAUAGCAGAGUUAGAAAUAAAAGGACGUUAUAACACACAGAUAGAUAACAUAUUCAAGAAGAAUUGUAUAAAUCUCAAUAGCAACAUAACCUCCUGUUAAUGAGAAUUUACACAUUGAGAUGAGUUUCUGUCUGAGAGAGAGGUUUGGAGGGAGUUCAGAGAAACAGAUUCCCAGAGGCUAAAGACCUACUGUUACUGUGUGUGUAUUUGUGGCUGGUUAUCUGAUGUGAUCAAACAAGUUAUGUAGACAUUUAAACUGAAGGGUUUUAAAUAGUUAAUAUUUCCAUAAACACUGCUUGCUCAAUUUCAACCUUCUAAGUAAUGUAUUUAAGGUUAUAAAUUACAAUAUAUGUGUUUUAGCAUUCUGUUAUAUUUCUACUUUUACAUUUCAUUAUAAAAUUAAGAGCUUCCUAAAUGUUUUAAGCACUGAUGCUGUUUUUUGGGAAAUAAUCUGCAACUUAUUUCACUGUGAAGAUUUCACUCUUAAUGCCAAUGCUUUCUAAAGCAAACCCAUUCUGUUACUUUAUAAGAUAUUUAUUUUUGUUCCCUAACCCUUUAAACUUUCCAUGGAAAAAUAAGACUAAUAGUUCAGAGGUGUGUAUUGCAUACCUGGUCCAGUGAUUAAUUUCUUUAGUCCCUAACUUCAAAAUAGGUUGUAAAAAAAGACCUUUAUGAAUAGUUGAUGUUGAAGUUUAGUGGCUGAGCUACUAGAGAUGAGUGAACUUAAGUAUGUUCCAAACUAACAUAAAUGGUGCAACAGAAUUUGUUCAAAGUAAUGUGUUAUUUGCUGUUUUGUGAAGGUUGUUGGUCCGUGCUGUUAUUGUUUCUUUUAAAAUUUGUAUCUACUCAUUUUAUAUGUAAAGUACGUUAUACAGUCAGCCUUUAAACUUGAUUGAAUGGGAGUUAUUACCUUACUGCUAUACCGUAAAAAUAUCCAUUUCAAUGAAUGUGAAAAUGCAAAGAAGUCAGUGUGUACAUAAAUGAUGAGUGGUGUGGAAUAUGAACAUUAAAUAUUUGUUUUAUAAUUUUUUAGCAGGACAACCAAACAUUUUUACACUUUAAGAAUAUUUUAGAUGCAAUUAAAGGAAUGAUGUAGCAUCUUGGUGACUUUCAACCUGACCUUCUACCCAAAGGUAUUUAAUGUGAAGUUGUAAUUGGGCAAUUAAAUUGACCAUAACAUGCUUGAUUUUUGGAGCACAAAAACGUUAUUUGUACUCGCUGUAUGGAAUUUUCAGAAGAGUAAUAUGGCAAUAUACAUGAGAAUAAAUGGAAUCAUGUUGAGACAGUUUGGGUAGGUGGAAUUAAGGAGUCAGUUUAUUUUCCAUUACUUAAUUUGAUCACCGAUUUAAUAUUAUAAUCUUAGGUAAACUUCUGUUUAGAAUUAUGCUCAAAAUUUUACCACUAUUUUAUGCAGGCAAAAACUGAACUUGUUUAUAACUUAUUUUCAUGACCGUAACUUAAUAAAUCGAAAAAUCUUUUGCCAGAUCCCCUAUUUCUUCAUAAAAAAGAAUGUUAUAACCUUGAUACUUAAGUUUGGCAAUUGAAAUAUAGUCUGCAAAGAGUACAGCUAACACAAAUGUGUUAUCAAAAUGGUCAGGGCAGGGGGCAAAAUUAAUUUGAAUUAUGUUGGUGUUGAAUCAACAAUCAUGUGGUAAGACAGCAACUGCUUGUUUGCAGGUGAAUUCUGUAUUCAUGUUUUUGUGUUUGUUUACAAAUUAUGCAUUUGAUUUGAAAAAUCUGUUCUUGACAAUCUAAUUUUACGGUUUUGUUAAAAAAAAAAAAAAAUAAUGUAUGUUUUAAAGAGUUGAUGGUUGUACCCUAUGCUUGUCACAAAACAUUUUUUAGUUUCUUGAAUUUUUUUUAACUUUGCAAUUUACCUGAUUUUUGAGGUGUUCUGUUGUCUUUAUAAUAACAUUACAGUAUUUAUUCUUAUUAAUUAAACCACUCUUUGUUUGAUGGAGAAAUUCAGGCAUGACCUCUUCACUUUAAUGUACAUUGUGAAAGAAUAAUAAGUUCUUCCUGCCACUUACCAUUUUAAUUUUUGAAUAAAAUACAACUUUUUGCCAGUAUAAGAAA